GAGAAGGUGAAUAUAAUGUUUUCCAAGAUAAUUUUGAUAUUCAUAGCAAAGUUUUUGUGGACUGUCGCCUGGGAUAUGAGUGAUGUGGACGACAUUGAUGAUAUUGAUAUUUAUGAGAUCAAUACCGGGAAGGCUCCUUUUUUCGAACUGCCUUGUAUGAGAAUCGGCGGUACUUGUGCAAGAGUCCAUGCUUGUCCUCCCGGCACAAAAGUAGGCCAAAAAGGCUUGUGUCCCGAACAACAAAGAUAUGGCAUGGAAUGCUGUAGACCUCGGCAAAUGGACAUGGCAGGAAGAAGAGGAAGUAGCACUGGAAGACCACACAUACCAGUUAAGUGGACAAUAAACAAGGAAGAUAAAGGGAAGGCUUGGAAAAAGAAAGUUCAACCAAAACUAUUGUGGCGCACAAAGAGCAAGGGGUUAACCGAGUGUCGAUCCAGACACGGCGAAUGCGUUCCAAAAUCAUUCAGGUGUUCGCCAGACCUACAUGUUUCAGAUGCAACUGGCUGUGGUUUUAAGGAGACCUGCUGUUUACGGAUCCCAAUGCAUGCGAUGUAG